CCAUCACACAAUCCUCCAUAUUCUGUCUUCCUUCGUUGCAUCUUUGAGUUCGCCGGAAUCCCGUUGGGAGCGAAGAACCGUUCUCUCCUGGGAGACGCUUGCUACGUGUGUCGGGCACAAACGUCUUAAGGAAACAAUGUUUACGUUGGGCUCGGUUACAAUUUUUUUGUAAACAGAAUGGGAGACAAAUGAAACAUCACUUUUCCAAAAGUUUCACCGCUCACUACUGUCCAUAUCAGUUUUCUCGCGGGGAGAAACCUAGCAAAUUCAACGGUCAUGAUUUCAAACGUUGGCAACAAAAAAUGAUGUUUUAUUUAACAACGUUGAAUUUGGCUAAGUGUCUCUCCAAAAGCCAACCUAUUUUAGAGGAAGGCGAGACUGAUAAGGAGAAAGUAUUCGCGGUGGAUGCGUGGAAGUAUUCAGAUUUCUUGUGUAUAAAUUAUCUCUUAAACGGGCUUGAUGACUCCUUAUACUCCGUAUAUGCCGAUAUCAAGACGACAAAAGAAUUGGCGGAUUACUUGAGAAAAAUACAAGAUCGAGGAUGCCGGAAAAAAAGAAAUUUAUUGUCAGUCAUUUCUUGGACUUUAAAAUGGUUGAUCACAAAUCGAUUGUUUCUCAAGUUGAAGAAUUUCAAUUUAUUCUUCAUGAAAUUCACGCUGAAAGUAUGUCCUUUAGCAAGUCCUUCCAAGUGGUUGUGGUAAUUGAAAAAUUGCCUCCCAAAUGGAAAGACUUCAAGAAUUAUUUGAAGCAUAAGUGUAAGGAAAUGUCCCUAGAGGAGCUCAUUGUUCGUUUAAGGAUAGAGGAGGAUACCCGCAAAUCCAAGCAUAAGGCUGGACGAUCUAAUUCCAUGGAAGCGAAAGCAAACAUGGUGGAAGCGGGAUCCAAGAAGGGGAAGAAGAGGAAGCACGAUGACGAGGGGAAGAAGAGGAAGCACGAUGACGAAGGAAUAAGUGGAGCCAAACCUUCGUCAAAGGAAUUUAAAGGUAAGUGCUAUAAUUGUGGCAAGCCCGGUCACCGUGUAAAAGACUGUCGUGCCCCAAAGAAAAAGAAAAAGGGUCAAGUCAACAUGGUUGACAACCUCUGAAAAUUUUGGAUGAAUGAACUUAUGCUCUGUAAUCUCUCAAUGCAACUUGGUGCGAAACACCAAAUUGUGGUAUGUUGAUAUAGGAGCUACCCGUCAUAUUUGCACUAACAAAUGAAUGUUCUCCGAUUAUCAACCCGUUGAUAAUGAAGAACAAAUCUUUAUGGGUAACUCAUCCGCUUCAAAGGCGGAAGGUCGUGGCAAAAUUGUUCUUAAGAUGACAAGUGGAAAACCACUUACCUUGACUGAUGUGCUACAUGUCCCCGACAUACGUAAGAAUCUGAUUUUGGGCUCCCUCCUUAGCAAGAAUGGCUUCAAGCUUGUCUUUGUGGCUGACAAAUUUGUACUUGCUAAAAAUGAUGUGUUUGUAGGGAAGGGCUAUCUCAAUGACGAUUUCUUCAAAAUGAAUGUACU